GCCCUCGCCGUCUUACGUAAGCCUCACGCACACCGACGCAUUUAUGUAGGAAACUUCUCAGGAUCGGUUCGUCGCUGUCUUCACCUGAGUGGUCCAACAGUCAGCAUCGUCCUCGAGCCUCAUCGUAAAGGUAAGUGCUGUUAUUCAUAAGAGUCUGUCACUAUUUUUUUUUUACUUUCCCUCAAAUCGGUCGUUCAAAACCUUAAUGGCGUCGUUUGAGUCCUGAUUUGACCUUUCGUUUUGAAGUCGUCCUUGCUUUUAGGUUUUAGGACGGAAAUAAAAGUUAUUCGUUUGUAAGAAAGAGAGCAAAGAAGCACCUUGACCGCUGAAUGAUGUGAACAAGUGCAUGACAAAGCUGCAUCUCCUAUAAUGUUUAGUUCUAUUCCUCCAUUUCCUUACCUGAUGUUAAAUGAAAAGAAAGCCAGUCUGCAUGAUUUAUUUCUUUGAAAUUACAUGAAACAAUGAUGUUUGAAAGCAGUUUUAAUAAGACUGUGUUGUUUUUCCUUGGUCACAGUUGUCAGGAUGGUUGUGCUUUCAAAGGAGUAUGGAUAUGUGGCGCUGACUGGUGUUGCCAGUAUGAUCAUGGUUGGACAUCUGGCCAUGAGAGUUGGCAGAGCCCGCAAGCAGUACAAUGUGCCUGUGAGUACUGGUUAUUAAUGUAUACACGGUAGAACAUACAUAUGCCUUUGUUAUUUACAUUAUUUAAAAACUGCAUCUGCAUCCAGCCAUUCAAACUCCACUAAUUCAACUCUGUUGUAUGUUUACAUAGUUUCAUGUUUGGGCUGGGCUCUGCAUUUUUAGCAGCUUACUGUACAGCUCCUCGGGUUUCCUCUGUUCAUAAACUUUCCCCGCCUUGCAGUACCCUCAGAUGUACAGUGAUGACCCUGAAAAUGGAAAUGUUUUCAACUGCAUCCAGCGUGCCCACCAAAAUACGUAAGUAUGACUUCUUAACAUGAGCAGCCAGCACAACCAUAAAGUUGUCUGGCAAUGCACCAAACUUUCAUGACUCAUAGUAGUAAAUGAAAAGCGGUGAAAGUUGACAUGUGGCUGUCUCCUCCCACUAGUCUGGAGAUCUACCCCGCCUUUCUAUUCUGCCUUGCUGUCGGUGGAUUAAACUGCCCUGUAAGUUGAAUUUUGCAAUGUCAUACCCCUGUAGUACCAACAAACAUUCUACUACAUACAGUAAAAAAAAAUAUGUAACCGAAGGGCAAAAUUUGAGGUGGUAUUCUGGAAAGAAUCUGCAGCCUAUAUAAAAUCCUGUGCUCUUAAAAUGGGUUUCUUUUGCAUCUGUGUGUGUGUGUGUGUGUGUGUGUGUGUGUGUGUGUGUGUGUGUGUGUGUGUGUGUGUGUGUGUGUGUGUGUUUGUGUGCGACUGGCUGUCACAGCGUUUGGCCAGUGGACUUGGAGUUGUGUGGAUUAUAGGCAGAGAGGUGUACGCACAUGGGUACUCUACAGGAGGUAAGAGCAUGCUUAGUAUGUUUCUUUUCCCCAUUUGCUUCUGUUGUUACCUAAAACAUGGUGCAGACAAGAGUGACUGUCAUUAUUAUUCUCAACUAGAUCCCAAAAAGAGGAUGCGUGGUGCAUUUGGAAACAUUGCCAUGCUCGGAUUGAUGCUGACCACGUUCAACUUCGGGCGCCACCAGCUGGGUUGGACAGGACCAAGGAUGCGAGGCCCCUUCCGUCAGGUUAACGUUUGAUGGUGAGGACACACCCUUCAGCGUGGCCUGAAUUAGUCAUUCGCCUUUUAAUCAUGGGCACUUUGAUACCCUACAUAUCUCAAUGUGUUUGCUAACCUUUGACAGACUUAAAAUUUGAAGUCUGGUGAGGAAUAUGCUCUUAGAGUGACCUGACUGGUUCUCCUGGGAGAGAAAAGGCCUUAUUAAGAACAAUGAAUGUAAUAGUUGGCACUCCCACAUAAUCUAAGACCUGUCAGGUUUUCUUUAUUGCAUUUUCAACUGCACCUUGAUAAAUAAGAAUGAGCAACUGUUUUUUUAAGCACAAAACAAACAAUUACGCUGUAACAAGAAGGGAUGUUUUGGGAAAAUUCAGCCCAGCGCAUUUGACAUCAUGUUUGCUUGAUAGAAAUAUCAUAUUUUGUACAUUAUGAAUACCUGGCAAAAGUUUGUAAAAAUUGUUGUCAUAAUCCCUGUCAUGAUUGUCCUUUUCUUUUAUUUGUAGAUUUUGUCAAAGAAUGAAAAAAAAAGAUAUAAAAUGUCACCCAUUGGUUAUAAAUACUCUUGUCCUCUUUUUUUGGAUACUGAAUAUAUGAUUGUGUCUUCUUAUCUCUGGUGUGUGUAAGGGAGCGGCCUUCUUUUUUUCCAACCUCAUUAAUAGCUCAAAGUCCACUCUACUUGUCAAGGCAGGUGCUUUUAUAUCCCCGCAGAGCUGUCAGGCUAAGAACAAAAGAAAAUGCUCCUCAUGCAAUGACACAGUAAUAUACUCCAAAACCUACUCACAAUAUAGUGGUAAUCUCAUAAGGUCCCACCCUGUCUGCAAGUUCAACACAAGGCUUUUUAAUCUGUGGUUUGUGUUUUAUUAUCAAACAGAAAAUCCUUAAAUGAAUAAAUUCUUACAGUCCACAUUUUGGUGAUAUAUUAUCAUACCUCACUGUAACUCAGAACACACCAAAACUCUGAUACAACAGCUUGUUCAAGUACAUUUGCGAAUACUCCAGCUAAAACACUUAAAGCAAACAGCAGUCAAAACAUGGCAACUCCCCUGUGCCGCUUUCCUUCUUGUCAGUAAAAGCAUUUGAACUAAACGAACACAUUCUGUAUUAAUACGUAUUUCACAACACCUUAACCACUGAAGGACAUUUUACCAUUAGAAGUUAUUCAUCAAGGGUUUUUUGUGAACCAAGGUUUCAUCUCUGGUUGAUAAAACGUUUAUCCUCAAAUUCAAGUUAAAUACAAACACAUUAAAAACAGCGGUUAAAGUUUAAAAAUCAGUAACUACACAUUAAAAGCUGCAGAAAUCAACUACUUCCAUGUACAAUUUAGGCAACAAGUUUGAAAGAUUGAAUGAGUGGCUGCUUCUGUUUGAGAAUAAGGUUUUUUUUCCAGAGUUACUGUGUUAUGUGCAUUAAAAAAUUCCUGCUUCUGCUCUUGUUUUGUUGAUUUCCUGCAGCAAGGCCUCAGCAUUAAGACAAUAUGAGCAACCUGGAAGUUUGGUAUGAAAUUGCACUUCAUUACAUUUUUGGUCACUACAGGGAUAACAAUUUAUUUUAAUCAUUACAACUAAGUUGGCAACUUCCCAUCUUAAAGCGUUUCAUAUCUUCUCUCUUUCAGUGACUUUCUCUCUUUAUUUUUGCUAAAUAACCUGAGGUCAUGUAUUACAUACAUUAAAGGACUUCAUGCUACCUUGAUCCACAUUACCUCAGAAGUCCUCCAGGGGGCACUGUGACCAUUCAUGCCACAUUAAAGUGCUGUGCAUACAUGAGGAGGCAGCCAGGGGUGUAGAGGUACAAAUAACUCACCUCAGGAAAAAGAGACAUCAUCUUUCCAGCAGACUGAAGAUCUGUGGAGCUUAAAGGGAAUGUGAAAAAAAGUAAAGCUGAAUCCCCUCUCCUAGAGACACAGUUGUUUAGUUGUAAAUCGAGAGGCAUCUCUCCCUCAGACCCUAAACCCUCAGAAAACCUGGUCACAUUCAGGCAAAUGCUUCCUUCUGGUCCCCCACUGGUGUCUGCUCUGUUUCUGUGUUUCUGCUCUCUGAGAGGUGGAAAUGAAUCACCGGAUGAUUCAAUC